AUGCCAAUUAUUAGGACUCUGAGUCAGGUUGGCUGGAUGUUGCCGAACCCAGUAUGUGGCUGUCGGACGUGUGUGGUACCUCUCAGGUUUCUGGGCUUCUCCCUUUGGCAAAUCCCAGCAGAUGCCAAGUUCUGCUCUAUUUCUUUCUCUGAGACAGACCAUCCACGUGUCUUAAUCACAGGGGGUCUUGGCCAGCUUGGAGUGGGGCUUGCUAACUUUUUGAGGAAACGAUUUGGAAAGGACAAUGUGAUCUUGUCUGAUAUAAGGAAACCCCCCAACCACAUCUUCCAUAGUGGCCCAUUCAUUUAUUCCGAUAUUCUGGAUUACAAGAAUCUUCGCGAGAUAGUGGUAAACAACCGAAUCACCUGGUUGUUUCAUUAUAGCGCUUUGCUCAGUGCCGCCGGAGAAGCAAAUGCAUCUUUGGCGAGAGCUGUGAAUAGUAAGCGACUGCAUCAUGUUCUGGAUGUUGCAGUAGAACACAAUUUGCGAUUGUUUGUGCCUAGCACAAUUGGAGCCUUUGGACCUACUUCUCCCCGGAACCCAACCCCCGAUCUCUGUAUUCAGAGACCCAGGACCAUCUAUGGUGUGUCCAAGGUCCACGCGGAGCUCAUGGGAGAAUACUAUUUUCAUCAAUAUGGGUUAGAUUUUUGAUGCCUGAGAUAUCCUGGAAUCAUUUCAGCCAACUCUCAACCUGGAGGAGGAACAACUGACUAUGCAGUCCAGAUUUUCCAUGAUGCCACAAAGAAUGGCAAAUUUGAGUGCAACCUGAAACCGAACACGAGACUCCCAAUGAUGUAUAUUGAUGACUGCCUCAGGGCCACCCUGGAAGUCAUGGAGGCCCCAGCAGAGUCUCUCUCUAUGAGAACGUACAACAUCAAUGCCGUGAGCUUCACCCCCAGGGAUCUGGCCCAAGAGGUUCUCAAGCAUGUACCGGAAUUCCAGAUCACAUACAACGUGGAUUCUGUUCUACAGGCCAUAGCGGAUAGUUGGCCAGUGAACUUUGAUGACAGCAAUGCUCGGAAGGACUGGGGGUGGAAACACAAUUUUGAUCUUCCAGAAUUGGUGAUGAAGAUGUUGAACUUCCAGGGUUCUGACACCAGGGUUGCCCAAGCUAACUGAAGUCACCAAAAGGAAGAACAUCUGUAUCCUGGACAGCUGUCAAGGGAAAACUAUAAAGUUAAUUAUGUUGUAGACCCCAAGGAACCUAAAUUAUUUGAACUUGAAGGACUAAUUGUACUUAACUUUGGCAGCACAUAUUAAACUGCUAAAUGGAGAAUGUAGUUGGCAUUAAGCAUUUUAAAAAUGCUUUAAGUUUGGUGGUAGGACUUUAAAAUCUUUGCUAUUUGCCUAAUCUUACACAAAUAUACAUAUAACAGAAUGAAGACAAUAGUUUCCAUUUCUUUAUUAAGAUGAAGUUACCAUUUUUUGGGAAGAAGAAAGUAUGUGACAUUUGUAUUAAU